AAGAACGGAAAUAGCGUACAGAAUUUAGCGAUUGCCGACCGUGCAGCAACCGAAGGCAGGCAGGAUGUCGUCAAAAAACAUACCAGCUGAUAAGAUAAACCUGCGGCUAAUACUCGUCAGUGGCAAGACGAAAGAAUUCCUCUUCAGUCAAACGGACUCUGCCGGAGAUAUAGCACUCACAGUGUUUGAAAAUUGGCCCGAUGAUUGGGAAGCGGAAGCGGUAGCAAAGGCAGAAAUCUUAAGACUAAUUUACCAGGGACGCUUUCUACACUGCAACGUCACGUUAGGGGCGCUGGGACUACCAUUAGGCAAAACCACCGUGAUGCACUUGGUACCGCGUGAUAAUUUACCCGAGCCAAACUCACAGGACCAGCGACAGAAGAGCAAAGGCGGUUCCAGUAGAUGUUGUUCCACGAGUUGUUGUAUACUGUAA